AUGCCACUCAUCAUCUUAACCGGCCUCCCGACCUCAGGCAAAACCACCCGCGCAAAGCAACUCCACGCCUACCUCUCCUCGCGCAUCACCCCUUCUUCCUCUUCUUCUUCCCCCCCUCCUCCUCCCAACUCAAACCCAAACACAAACCCAACCGUAGCGCCCCAAAUCCAACCCCCAAAAUACAGCCUGCACCUAAUUUCAGACACAACCCUCUCCAUCCCGCGCUCAGUCUACGACCUCUCCCCCGAGAACUUGCCGGCCCACGUGCGCUCGGCCAACGCCUCCGAAAAGGACGCCCGCGCGGCCGUCUACGCGGCCGUCAAGCGCGUGCUCUCGCCGCGCGACAUUGUCAUCCUCGACGGGCUCAACUACAUCAAGGGGUGGCGGUACCAGCUCUUCUGCGAGGCCAAGAACGUAAGCACUCCCAGCUGUGUGGUUCAGGUUGGUUGUACGGUCGAGAGGGCUAGGGCGGUAAAUGAGAGGCGGCUGCAGAGGAGGAGGGAGGGGAGUGGGGGGAGGAGGAGGGUGGAGGGGAGGGAUGGGGAGGCGGACGUGGUGAAAGACGGGGAGGGUCCGGAGGAGGGGAACGACGGGAAGGUGCGGGAGGAGGAGGAGGAUAACGAUGAGGAAGAGCCCUACGAGCCGUCCAACUGGGAGAAUGUCGUGUUUCGCUACGAAGAGCCCAACCCAAUGACACGGUGGGACUCGCCGCUAUUUACGCUCGUGUGGGAAGAUGACGAGGCGCAGACGAGGGCCGUCUUUGACAAGAUCUGGGACACCAUUGCUGGCGAGGGGAGGAAAACGGUCAAGCCAAACCAGUCGACGGUGCAGCGGGACAAGGACCCCGGCGGAGACUACCUCUAUGUGCUGGAGCGAGAGACGCAGGAUAUCGUCAAGAGGAUCUUGGAGCGGCAAUCGGAUGACGGCGGCGGCGAGGUUACCUUGCCGAGGAUCAACGAUCCGAGUGACGGGCAGGUCCGAGAAGAUCUCGUGGUCAGUCUGCCCGGGAAGAAGGUCGGGCUGCCCCAGCUGCAGAGGUAUCGGCGGGCGUUCGUGGCGCUGAAUAGGGGCGGGAUCGGGCUGGAGGCGGUUGGGAAGCUAGCAGCGGAGCGGCUACGCGAGAGCUUCGUGGGCUAUCUGAAUGAUGCUUUUGAGAAGGACGGUUAA